AUGCGGGAUUUGUACGACGAAAUGGAAGACUUUAAGACGAGAAAUCGCAUUCGCCAAUGGACGGAUGGUCGAAUGGAAAUCGUCACCGCUUUCAUUCAGCCAUCAAAUACGGACAAACCAAAAACGUUGAGUUGGAGUCCGACCGACGAGACGGAAGGCGUCAGUGAUCUCAUCGGAAUGCCGGCUUUGUGGAUCGCAUUGGAAGGCGAAAGUGGCCCUUACUCCAACAACAAUCCAUGUCGAGUGAUCAUGAAUUUCUCGAGUUUGCUCAUCGACCAACGAUCGAAACUCUCCAUAUUCUAUUAUCGACACCCGAGAAUGAGCUUUCAAACGUAUCGCGUCAAGUUGAUCAUCACGACGAACGUCGAGCAAAGGCUCGUUUUUGAAAGGCUCUCAAAUCACUUUCUACAACUUGACCUCUACAAUAAUCCUUUUCUCUGUUUAAUGCCAUCGGGUUGUUGGACGAAUUUUUUCGUUAGAAAGUUUAAAUACUCGAUCAACGUGGCUUUUCUCGAAGAUUUACAGCCACCCGGAUUCGCCUGGGAUUUGCGAGAGAUCGUCCUUAACGAAAGCGCUCGACAACGACUCAGAGAUGCUUUGCUGAAGCAAUGGGCUUAUCAUCUUCGAUUUUUAUUGGAAAGAUUCCCUCAUCCAGACUCAACUUUGGAUCUGCGGCAUUGGCUGAACGCUUCUUAUGACUGGCGUCGAGAGGCAAACGAUCACAGUGUACUGAUGGCGAGAACCAAGACCGCGCAUAGGGUCACGAAAAAUUGGGUCACGCAUUGGGGAAGCGCGCCGCCGGCAAUCUCACGUCUCAAAUGGCAAGUGGUUUACUGUAAACUACAUGACGGUCCCCUCACCGGAUGUCCGGGCCUUUUCUUCUCGACAACUCUAUUUCGCAAAGGACUCGGCGAUAUAAGUCCAUAUCCACUAGGCGGAAUCCCGGUCGCUUAUCAUCGGGUCACCAUUCCGUUGCAUUAUUUUGAGAGCUGCCAAUUAUGGUAUCAAAAAAAUCCUAUUGCUCGCCCAAAAGCAAACAGGACGACAAAUAAUUCCUCUUUUCAAUAUCAAGUGCUCAUUGUGGUCACCGAGGGAAAUGAUGGCCAGUAUUUCCGGGAUCUCGGCGAACUCUACGAGCCGCUCGACGUUAACGAGCCAAACCCGUUUCUGUAUCGAAAAGACGGGCAAUGGUGGGCGAACAAUUUGACGUCACUUCACAUUGAUGGCAUCGAGAUUCGAUACACAGUCAACCUGGUGUUGCUGAGGGAUUGGAAGUGGACGGAUGGAUGUGAAUGGCGAGGAGCUUCAAUGAAAAUGCCUGCGCCACAUUCGAUGAACAUUGAUGACUGUUUGGAGCGGAGGAACGAUUUGGCGCUCACCAUUUUGCGACAAUGGGCUGCUUACUUUGAAGAGAUGAAGCGUUUUGGUGAAGAUGGGGAGGAAACAGCAAGAUCGAGAGCCAAUUUUAAG